AAUCUCUCUCUCUCUCUCUCCCCUCACUGUCUUUUGGCAUUUCUGCAAACACCUUGAACCCUACUUCGUCUCGUUUCCUUCUUUUUCAGAUACAAGAUGCGUGAGAUCCUUCACAUUCAAGGUGGUCAAUGUGGUAACCAAAUCGGUGCCAAGUUCUGGGAAGUCGUCUGUGCCGAGCACGGCAUCGAUCCCACCGGGAGGUACCAUGGAGACUCGGAUCUGCAGCUCGAGAGGAUUAAUGUCUACUACAACGAGGCCAGUUGCGGGAGGUACGUGCCGAGAGGUGUGCUUAUGGAUCUCGAACCAGGAACUAUGGAUAGUAUCCGAUCUGGACCGUACGGACAGAUUUUCAGGCCCGACAACUUCGUUUUUGGACAGUCUGGUGCCGGAAACAACUGGGCAAAAGGUCACUACACUGAAGGCGCGGAACUCAUCGAUGCCGUUCUUGAUGUUGUACGAAAAGAAGCCGAGAACUGUGACUGUUUGCAGGGAUUCCAAGUAUGCCAUUCACUCGGUGGAGGAACUGGAUCUGGAAUGGGUACUCUCUUGAUCUCAAAAAUCAGAGAAGAAUACCCAGACAGAAUGAUGCUUACUUUCUCAGUCUUCCCUUCUCCCAAGGUCUCUGACACUGUGGUAGAGCCCUAUAAUGCUACGCUCUCCGUCCACCAACUAGUUGAGAACGCAGAUGAGUGCAUGGUACUUGACAACGAAGCUCUUUAUGACAUUUGCUUCCGCACCCUGAAGCUCACCACACCAAGCUUUGGUGAUCUGAACCAUUUGAUUUCGGCAACCAUGUCUGGAGUGACAUGCUGUUUAAGGUUCCCUGGUCAAUUAAACUCUGAUCUCCGGAAGUUGGCCGUCAACCUUAUCCCCUUCCCUCGCCUUCACUUCUUCAUGGUUGGUUUCGCACCUCUGACCUCCAGAGGUUCUCAGCAAUACAGAGCUCUUAGUGUUCCUGAGCUAACCCAGCAAAUGUGGGAUGCAAAGAACAUGAUGUGUGCUGCUGACCCAAGGCAUGGACGCUACCUCACUGCCUCAGCCAUGUUCAGAGGGAAGAUGAGCACAAAGGAGGUUGAUGAACAAAUGAUCAAUGUCCAGAACAAGAACUCCUCCUACUUUGUGGAAUGGAUUCCACACAACGUGAAAUCAACCGUCUGUGACAUUCCCCCAACUGGGUUGAAGAUGGCAUCCACCUUCAUUGGUAAUUCGACAUCAAUUCAGGAGAUGUUCAGAAGGGUGAGCGAGCAGUUCACAGCCAUGUUCAGGAGAAAGGCUUUCUUGCAUUGGUACACUGGGGAAGGCAUGGACGAGAUGGAGUUUACUGAGGCUGAGAGUAACAUGAAUGAUCUUGUUUCUGAGUAUCAGCAGUACCAGGAUGCAACUGCUGAUGAUGAGGAAUACGAGGAGGAGGAGGAACUCGCAGAGUACGAAUGAAGCCAAGAAAAGGAAGAUUAAAGGUGUCUAUGUGCUGCUGCUGCAACUUCCUGUUGCCGGUUCAUUGAUAGUUCCGGCUGGUUGGCUCUUGGCUUUACUUACAUAUGAUAUUCAAAAACUUGUUUCUGCUUUUAAUCUGCUCUCCGUUCUUGUGUAGCUGUUGGUUAGUAUUCACUACUUAGUAGGCGUAUGAAAGACUAGUAUGGUUUAAACAAAUGCAAUCAUUAUAUUGUUCGAAUUCUCUUGGGCACUAAUUGAUAUUUGGGAUAGAUUCCUUGUGAAAA